AUGGCUACGCCAACAGACAACAUCACUCAUUGGGACUACGAGCGGGGUGCUGUACACAACCUCCCCACGCCUGCUGAGAUCCGCAAGAGACUUGAGGCCGAGCCGGGCUCCACCAUGCGCUCGGAGUCGCUCGAGGACUGCGUCAACCCGAUUCACCACCACUACUCCCCUACAUCCGGGGUGUAUGAAGCUAGUGGCAAGACUGCCACACUCGAUGACGCGCCCUGGGGCCUGUUGUGCAAGGUGAUCGACGUGCCCUGGAAGGGGACGACUGUGAUCAGCCUCGAUACGCCUCUGACACUCGUCUUUGGCGCGCCCAUGAAGACGUCACUGCAGGAUCAAGAUGUCACAGUGAUGUCUACGAAGCGGUCCGACGCGGCCGACGGGACCAAGAGUGAGGUUGAGACAUUCGCCACUUUCCGCGUCAAAGAGGCGACCGCACACAUACACACCACCUCUGGCACUUUCUACGGCAGAUGCAGUGAGCUCGGUCCGGUCCGGGGAAUCGCAGAAAACCUCAGCGGACCACCGGCUGAGGAAACCGAGACUGUCUACAAGAUCACAGGUCAUUACCUUGACUCCAAGGGCGUGCCCGACGUGCCCGCCACGCUGACUUUCUUGUACCCCUCUCACAGUCGGUUCAGCCUGAAAGAUGGGAGGAUGCUGUUUGCAGGUGUGGGAUUGGCGUAUAAGGAUGGCAGGGUCGGCCGGGACACUCUUUUCCUACGGGAUGGGAGUGGUGUCAUUUCGGCAUUGGCAAGUCAGGCAGCUGAGGAGAUUCAAGAUGCGGUGGCGAUUGGCCAGGAUUGA